AUGGCAGACGAAAUCAGCGUGGCUCCUUCCGCCACACCGACUGUCUAUGUGAACUAUACAGAUGGCUUUGUCCAAGCCGAACUUGCGGAGGAAGCCCACGAAUUUGAUGCCAUAUCCGCGUUGGUUUUGAACAUUACGAUAAUAAUCUGCCUGUUACUGGCCUACUUUGUCAAGAGGUAUCAAAUUUACUACCUUCCGGAAAGUGCGGGCGCAUUGUUGAUUGGGAUCAUCAUUGGUGGGAUUGCAACACUGUCGACGGAGAAGCUAACGCUGUUCAAGUUUGAUCCAGAGCUAUUCUUUUUCUUUCUUCUACCCCCCAUCAUUUUCGAAGCCGGCUACUCUCUGGAUCGGCAAGGGUUCUUUGAAAACAUUGGAGCUAUUACGCUUUAUGCCAUGUUCGGAACCAUGAUAUCGACGUUUGUGGUUGGAAUCAUGUGCUUUUACGCUGCCAAACUCGGAAUGAUCCAAAGCAUCGACAAGGAAAAUCCAAUGGAGGCCUUGCUAUUUGGAGCCCUCAUUAGUGCCGUCGAUCCAGUGGCGACCCUUUCCAUCAUGGGAAAUGAUGAUUUGAAUGUAGAUCCCUUGUUGUACUCGUUGGUCUUUGGAGAGUCCGUCUUGAACGAUGCGAUUGCCAUUUCUCUCUUUCGAACAUUUGCCAAAUACUACAAACCGGAUGGUCCUGAUUGGAGCGAAUCGGAAAUUCCAGGUGCCUUGCUCAGUUUCCUUGUGGUAACUACCUUAUCCAUUGUGGUUGGAGUUGGCUUGGGACUGGUAGCAUCUUGGAUUUACAAACAUACCGACUUGAAUUUCUUUCCAAAACUGGAAACAAGUCUACUGUUCUGUUUUUGCUACCUUUGCUAUGCCACUGCGGAAGCAGUGGAACUGUCUGGAAUCAUGGCACUGUUCUUUCAGGGGGUUACGCUGAGCCAUUACAACUCGUACAAUCUUUCCGAAACGGCGCAUGUUGCAUCCGAGGAAAUAUUCUCCACCUUUGCGACCAUUACAGAGACGGUCGUCUUCAUUUACAUGGGAAUGGGUGUGUUCACCGGCCGAUUCAGCAAUUGGGAUGUUGGCUUUUCUGUCCUUUCGUUGAUUGCCUGCUUGAUUGGACGGUUUCUAAACAUUGUCCCGCUCAGUUUCGUCGCCAACUUUUGGCGCAAGGGACGCAAUCGAAUCACGGGACAAAUGCAAGUGGUCUUGUGGUUUGCCGGACUCCGAGGAGCCAUUGCCUUUGCACUAGCUGAAAACAUGCCAGGAAACCACAAGGAGGUAUACUCAACUGCCACACUGAGUAUAUGUAUCUUCACCAUAGUCGUUUGCGGAGGCUUCACAGAGAGGAUGUUGACCAUGUUUGGAAUGAAGGAAGACCAAACGCCUUCUCUGGGCAUGUCGCCUUCGAGCGGUGACCGAGUCCUGACGCGAAUAACCUACGAGCCCCACACACCGUCACGGAGAGAGUCUCUGGUGGACCGGCAUCGUCGGCGAUUGCACCAUGGGAUCAAGGGGAUUUGGCAGCGAGUGGACGAAAACUUUUUAAUGGUACAUUUUGGAGGAGAUGCCGAUAGGCCAAGAUCAUCACCAGAGCCAGAAUACGAAAUGGGAUCAAUACAAAAUGACUCUUCUGAAGAUUCUUCCGAAAACGGAGAGGAAUCCUCGUUUCUUCGAUAG